AACCGAUGCAUCUCUUUGUUUUAAAGUCUUCAAUAUUAAUUUAAUGAAAAAUCGGCCUGCUAAUAUAUGAGAAAUAUUAACACAGUGAUCACUUUAACAUUAUUCAGUUGCUUUGCAUUCAAUUGAAGUUCAAUUACAAUCACAUUCCAAUCGGUGACGACAUCGCUAUUUUUGCUAACAAUUUCACAAGCAGUCGUAAGCAUGUCGGAUUUAUCCUAUCUCGAAACUAUUUCCCACAAAGAGCUACACGCUAAAUGCCUGGAAUAUGGGUUACCAAAUAUACCCGUCACCGAUACGAGUCGCAAAGUUAUUUUGCGUCGUUUGCGUGCCACUAUCUUGGGCACUCAAGACAAAAAUACUGCUGCCACAAAUAUACGACGUAAAACUGUGCACAGCAGUAAGGCGACACCAGCAGCCGCGAUAAACUCGAAAGAGUCUCGCGUGGCAGAUAAAAUUCCUAGCCGCAACAACAACAAAAACAAUGUUCGUCGAACAAUUGCAACUACGCCUAAGGAAUAUUAUCCGCUAGAUAAUUCAUCCGUGCGGUCUAUAGAAACAACAACAACCGUGUCAGACGUGGGCUCACAGUCGGAAGAUGAUGAUUUCUAUCAACUAAAUACACCCAGAACUAAGCUGCAACAGUCACAAGAUACUCGCCAGCGUCGUUCGGUCUCAUUGAGCAAAUCUGGCGUUUUAACCACGUCAUAUACACGUGAGAUUCAGCAGCCGCAUUACGAGGAAGACCAAGACGAGGAGCCAGAGGAAGAGCCACAAAGCUAUACGUAUCAGCGCCCAAUGGUAACGACAGCACCUAUACACAAGCUGCCUGUCAGUCAGCCGCGCGUUGAGCGCAGCUAUCGUCCAGAGCUGAAUUUUACGCAAACGCACCUGAACUCGACCAGCUAUACAGAAGCACCUAACGAGUUCAAUGAGCUUGGCAUACAACAGGCGUCACGUAACACUUACAGUGGCUCGGCGGCUCCUUUUAAUACGGGUAUUGCAACCACAUCAGCAAUACGCCAACGGCAGAGCAACGGAGAAAGCGGCUUUACCAGAGGUCGCUUGCUGCAGCCCACGUACAAGGCCAACACGCUGUAUCCACAGCUGAACGAUUUCUAUGAUCAGCACAACAACUCUAUAGAGCCGAUGGACAUUGAAACAGAUAGUGAAUCUGAGUCGGAGAUUCACCACCAACCCCAGCAGCAACCACAGCAGCAAUACCACCACCAACAACAGCGAUCAUCUGGCAAUAAUCAAGAUUCGCCAUACUUGAGUCACUUUUCACGCGAGCUGGAUGCAAGGAAACGCUCCUCCCCGUUGGCCAGGCCGCAAAUGCGUACAACCAUCCAGCAACAGGAGGCUAACACACCCAUACAGAAAUUCAGAGAACUGAUGAUAGCCCUAAAUCGUACAUAUAAUCUCAAGUUUUACUUUCUUCUAGCACUAGCUGUACUGUUAGCCACAUUAAUAUAUGUGAUAGUUACGCCCGCAGUCUAAGAAAACACGGGAACAUCACUACAUAUGAUAAUAGAUGAAUAGUAAUCUGUAAAAACAUUCUAUGUAGAAUUGUUAUGUACAUAACUUUUUUACAUAAUGGUUAUGGAAUAUCUGGAAGUUCUAUAAAUAUGGGCAUGACUUAUCUUAGAAUAUUAAUCUGUACAGGCAAUGUAUUUGAAAUUGCUAUAUACAAAUA